AUGGGUAGUGAUUUGAUUUGGCUACAGUGCAAGCCUUGCACUGAGUGCUCCAAUCAAACUGCUCCACUUUUUGAUCCUGAAAUGUCUACAACCUACAAAAGCGUUUCCUGCACUUCAUCACAAUGUGAAUCUCUAGCAAAAAUAUCAUGCUCCAACGAUGGAACAAGUUGCCAAUAUUCCAUCUCUUGUGGCGAUGGUUCAUCAUUCUUAAAGGGAGACCCUUCUAUGGACACUCUCACUCUGGGAUCAACGACAAACCAUCCUAUGCCUCUCCCUAUCAGAUGGUGUGGACAUGAUAAUAUAGGAAACUUUGAUGACAAAGGUUCCGACAUUGUUGGCAUUGGAGGCGGGGUGGUUUCCCUUGUUUCCCAAUUGAGUUCUUCUAUUGGUGGCAAGUUCUCCUACUGCUUGGUGCCACUAACUUCAAGAGACAAAAACUCAAGCAAAUUGAAUUUUGGUAGUGAUGCUGUAGUUUCGGGUCAUGGAACCGUGUCUACUCCAUUAGUCCCCAAAAUUCUAGACACCUAUUUACUAACACUUGAUGUCACACCCUGA